AAAUAAAGGAAGGAAGGAUAUAUAAGGAAUUAUCUGAAAUUAUUAAUAGCAAAACCAUUUUCGGAUUCCGGAUAAUCUAUUCGAACCCGGGUGGGCAAUUUGGGAAAGGGCAUAAAUCCCGCGAAGAACGGAUAAAGAAAGAAGAAGAAGAAAAAGGCUCAUAAUUUAUCUGACAAGUUCGCGACAAACAAGCAGUUAAACAACUGGAGAAAAUUCAUUAUUUUUCGUUCGAGUGUAUCCGCCGAAGUUUCGUUUCUGCGAGUGAUUUCCAGAUACAGAGGAUUAUCAGACUGCUGAUAUGAAGGAACGUGUAAGAUGGGACGAAGCUAACUUGGGAGAAAUCGAAGCAAAUAAACCCGUGAGGCAGAAAAUAACCGAACCAAAGACGCCAUAUCAUGCCAUGAUUGAUGAUGACGGGUCGUUGUCUCCUAUUAGAGGAGGAAGUUUCGAUGAUGGUUUUGAGGAUGCAAAGCAUGCAGAAGCUAUACGCUCGGCGUUAAACGACGUAGCUUCAUCUAGCAAAACUGCCUCAAACGACUCUGGCUGGACUUCUGAUGAAGAUGAAUCCGAUCCAAUGGAACAAGAUGGUCAAGGUUGUGAUUCGGAGAGGCGAAGGAGCUUUAGGGAGCAUAGGAAAGCGCACUAUGAUGAGUUUCACAAAGUCAAAGAACUCCUAAGAAAGGGUUCGUUUCUCGAAGAAGAAUCUGAUGAGGAGACAAAGAACAACGGUAAGAAGAACAGCCUUUCAUCAGUAACUGCUGGUGUUAAAGAUCUCGACAUUGAGGAAUCUUCAAAUCCACCAAAUGGAUCUUAAUCUCAUAUAUGUUAUAUAUAUAUAUAUACAUAAAAUACUGCUGCACCUUCACUUUAGGUACUACUAUGAAACUUUUCGAUUCUGUUUCGAAAUUUGUACAUAGUCGUUUCUCUUAACGGGCUUUAGCAGGUUGUACUGAGUUACUUGUCAAUCUUUUCUGGGGCUAUAUGUUCUGAUAAUAAUGUUCCAAAGUUUAGCUACUUUUUUCAAUAAAAGAAUUUGGCCUUUUGUUCGUUAUGCAAUUAUGAUUUA